AUGUUGCGAAACAAACCCUCGAUUGAGAUUCCAUAUGUUUCCAAACCAAGAAACAAGUAUAAUGCUGAGAGAUCAACCUUUAACUUCAAACCUCAUCCUACUUUAAACCAAGGACUCAUACAUAACCCAUCACAAUCAGCACCUAAUUUGAAGAAAACACCUAAGGCUUUCUUGCCGGCCAAUGAUCCAAGACGCACAAUCAACAGUGUCAAACAUAAGACAUACAGUAUCGAAGAAUUAAACGAUAUGCCUUUAAUCCAUGGUUAUAAUAAAGAAAAAACUUAUGAAAUUACACCAGAAAUUGUCAAACAAAUUAUUGAAUUAAGAAACGAAGAUCCAAUUAAAUGGACCAUAUCGACCUUAGCAAAGAAGUUUGAAUUACCUAAAUAUAAAGUUAAUGUUAUAAGUGGAGUUAGUGAAAUGAAACAAAAAUAUGAUUUAAGAAAUUUGCAAGAAGAAAAAUUGAAAUGGCACGAUCAUAAAUUACAAGCAAGAUUGGAUAGAGUUAAAAGAAAUCAAUUAUCAUUAAGAAAUGAAUAUUAG